CUUAAUUUCUCAUGGAUCCUGGUAAACUUGUUGGAAAAACAACCGCCGUUUUUCAUCCGUCCGACUUCAAAACAAGACAAGAAGUGAGUGAAUCAAUUGAUCCAGCAAUCAAUCAACCUUUUUUUUAGUUGACGACCUUCAAGUCGAUCAUGGCGCCCGGUGGCGGAAAUGUGGCUCGCCGCUCUUUGGGCACCAAGCCCAACUUAUGCGUGCCCAAACGGAUCAGCACGGAAAAAGCCCGGCAAGGACCGGCCGCUCUCGCCUCCAGCCGACCGAGUGCGUCCGUGCCCGGCGCAGCUCCCGCCCCUUCCUCCAGCACACGCAUUCCCCGCCCUUCCAUGAAAGGGGGUGCUUCAAGGGCCAGUGCUGGCACCUUUGGCAUGCCUAAGCGGAGCACCAGUGCUUCUCAUCGGCCGGCCUCGUCAUCGGCCUUCAAGACUCCUCGCAGCGCCUCAGCUCUCUCUCGCACGCCAUCCUCCGUCCUCAAGCCUUCGAAUUUGGCCAACACCAUGAACCGAUAUUCCAUGAGCAGUAAUCGAGGCUCACACAUUGGGACCAAGAUGGUCAAAGACGCUCGCAAUUUGAACGACAAAGCUUGGCAAUCGCGCACCAUCCAGGAUAUCAUCGGGUUUGUACAGGAGUAUGGCUAUCCUAAAGAACUCUCACCUUCGGAUUUCCCGCUGUCUACUACGGAAUUCAAGGGCGUGUUCGAGUUCCUGGUCAAUUUCCUUAUUCCGGGCUAUGAAAUCGGCCAACAAAGACUGGAAUUGGUCCUACCCGGGUUUCUCAAGAAAAUUGGGUAUCCCACUCAGGUGUCGAAAUCUUGUUUCCAAACUUUGGGCACCAAGCACUCCUGGCCGAGUGUCUUGGGUAUUUUGGACUAUCUUCUACGGCGUGCCCAGUCGUUGGUGAUCAAAGAGAAGCAUAUAUCCACGAUAUGUUUCCCCAACAAAGACGAGAACGGCUUCGCCUUGCCAGGCGAGUCCGAUGAUCGACUCAUGUUCGAUUUCUUCGUUCAAGUGUACGAUGAGUUCAAUCGGGGACAGGAGAACUUCGAGCCUCAAUUGGAAAAGCUUCGAUUACGACUUAUGGAAAAUCAUGAGGUGGAUCCAGAUUCAAUCCGGCAAUUGGAGAGAGAUCGACGAGCAUGCAGAGAGGAAUUGAUUCACUUGGAAGAGGUACCCAAUCGAUGUGAAGCGCUUUUGAAGCGAAAUACCAGCACCAAGGCCGACCUUAAAAGUAUGAACCAAUAUUUGGACGAGCUGAAGCGCUAUAAUGAGAAGAAAAGUAAAGAUCUCGAGGAGAUGACGGCCAAGCGAGAGACCUUAGUCAAGAAGAAAGCCAUCCUGGAGAAAGAAAUCGAGGAGAACACAGCAGCUUGUUUGGCAAAAGGAAUCGAUCCUGAGGCAUGCAAUCUCGAUUUUGUCACGCAAUCAUUGCGAAACCAGAUCCAGGCCCAACGAGAACUCCUUAAAAUGCAGGAUAAUAACUGUGGGUCAGUGGAGAUCAAAUUGGGCAAGAAAAUCCAAGAAACCGAUACCUUGAUCCGUGAAUACAACAAGAAACUACUCGGAAUUGACGUGGAAGAAACUCAUGAUCUUCGUUUGGACCGAUUCCGGGAUCCCCAAGAACUUGUGGUCCCACUUCAGAACCUGAUGAAAGCCAUGCGAACCGAGGAAAGGAAUAUAGAACUGGAAAUGGAGAAGAUCAACAUGAACGUGUCCAAAUUAAGAUUGGCCAUCAAAAGUAAAGAGGAUGAGUUGGAGGUCAAGAAGAACGAGUUUGAAGAGAUCAAAACCCAGCGAUCCAAGUUGGAGGCCACAAUCCAAGAUGAAGACGCGGUUCUGACCAAAUCGAUCCAGGAUCUCAAGGCGAAGCUUAUCAAGAUCAAGGAAACUCAGAUGGAGGGACAGACGUCUUUAGAGGACCUUCAAAAAGAGGUUGACUUGGCCGAAAAGUCAGUGUCAAGCUUGAAGAGGGAGUACGAGGCCAAGAAAGUCGAGAAUAUGGCGUUCAUAGAUGGAGCGUUCAAGAAGUUUAGGGAGUUCAUGGAUACGAAAGAAAAGCAGAAAAAGGAAGUGGCAGAAGCCAUUCAGGAGAAGGCCAAGUUGAAAAUCGAACGGAUGGACAAGGUUUUGGAAGUCCAAAACGGCGCUUUAGCCAAUAUUGAAAGCAUCAUGAAAGAGGUGCUUGCGAGCCAAAAGUCAUAGUGAAUAUAUUUGCAAUUGCUUCUUUCGGCGUUGAUCCAACAUAACUCUCCUUGUCUUUCCUUUACGUAUCCUGAAAAAUAAAUAGAUUUGUACCAUU